UCGAUCCACGCAUGGACGGCAGCAUGUCUACUUCCCUGUCCCUGGCGGCCGCCGCAGCCAACUGCCGCUGCAGCCGCGUCGUGUUCGUCGGCAACAUCCCGUUCCACGCCUCCGAGAAGGAGCUCCGCGACGCCUGCGAGCUGAUCGGCCCCAUCCGCUUCCUGCGCCUCGCCGCCGACCCGGCCACCGGCAAGCGCAAGGGGUACGCCUUCGUGGAGUACCCCGACGACGAGACGGCGUGCAGCGUCCACAACCUCAACGCCCACCCCCUGCGCGGCCGCGAGCUCCGCGUCGGCCUCGCCGGCCGGCGCCGCCGCCACAGGGGCGACGACGAGGCCGUCGCCCUGGAGGACGCCAUCCACGCCGCGUCCCUCGUUGCUGGGACGCCGCCACUCGACUCCAUCACGCGGUACCUGGCGGCGCGAUCGCCGCGGGAGCUGCGGGAGAUGGUGGCCGCGCUGGAGGGCGACGGCCCCAACACCCUGAAACUGCUCGAGCAGCACGUCCCGGGGCUGGCCACCGUCAUGGAGCAGGUGCGUCAUCUCAUCGGCAUGGCGGCCGCGGAUGAAGCCGCGGAGGAGGCCAAGAUCAAGAAGCGGGCGGCGGCCGCGGAGUGGACGACGAUCACCGCGCCAAGCUCACCAAGGUGGACAUAG